AAUUCGGAGAAGGAUUUAUUACUGUUAAAAGAAUUAUUGAACCUCAUAAAACAAGAAGAACCUUUCGGAAUCGUAACAUUACUAACCAUUACAAAUUACAAGAAGAAUUUAAUGAUGAGAAUAUUAUUGAUAAAAUGCUUAAUAAAAUAAUGGAGCAAGAUGCUGAAAUCAGAAAAUUGAGGGAUGUUUUUGAAAGUAUAGUAUACAAACAUAAAACGCCCGAUAAUAACGAUGGUUCGAUCACUUUCGACCAAAAUUUAUCGAUCAAUAGAUUAUUGAUGAAUUUAAGAAUUGAGUUAUGUGAAUCUGAUGAGGAGACAUGGAUCAACAUAAAUUCAAGAUUAGAAACGAUUUUUGGGCGCAGUAAAGAUUUAAAAACACAACUUGACAAAUAUCAAAAGAACAAAUAUUUACAAUUAAUUGAUAUACUGAGUCUUGCAGAGUCAUCACUUAAUAGUUUUCUCAAAGAACAUGAAGGCAUCAAUUCGCAUGAAACAUUGAGAGGCUCGAACAAUGAUGAAUACUUAAUAGAAAGUGAUGACAAACAAACUUUUUCGAAAAAAGAAUUUAAAUCCAGAAAUUCGAUUGAUGAUGAAUGCUUAACAGAAAGUGACGAGAAUGACAAGAAUGACAAAGAAAAUCAUAAAAAAAUAGUUAAACAAAAGGGUUUGAAAAAAGAAUGGAGUACUAUUGCUCAUUCUUUACUUUUCCCUGAAUCCGACGACUUGUCUCUUCAAAUUAAAUUCCAGGAUAAUAGUAUCUACCUUGAUUUGGGAGAUAAUGACCGUUCGAUUAAUUUUGACGAGCAUCAGUUUAAUUUUCAAGAUAAUUUUGAAUCAAUUAUAAAUGAAUUAAAAAUUUGGAAAAGGAUUGAUUCGACUUUGGAAGUGGUGAAUUUAGAAGUCACUUAUUUUAGAAUUCGUCAUUAUUUAAUUCUUUUUGAUGCAUACAUCGCUCUAUUCAAACAAGCAAGAAAGGAUACACCAGGAAAAUAUGAAAAUUAUAGUAUCAAACAAAAAAUUGAAAACGGAAUACCCCUUG